UAGAUGUCAACUAGCAAGGUAUUAGCAGCCUCAUCUUUCCUCUUCUCCCGUCUCUCUCUCUCUCUCUCUCGUCGGAGAAGAUGAAGUACUUGGUGGAGGUGGAGAAGGCGACGGAGACUGCCGGCCCGGCGUACCGCAACGUGCUGGCCAAGGAUGGCCUCCUGCAGCCCCCGCCUGGGCUCGACAGCUGCUGGGACAUCUUCCGGACGGCCGUGGAGAAGUACCCCAACAACCCGAUGCUCGGUCGCCGGAGUGUGGUCGACGGCGAGGCUGGUGAGUAUACAUGGAUGAGUUACAUGGAAGUCUACGAUAUCGUGAUGAAGCUUGCAGCCUCCAUCAGCAAAUCCGGAAUCAAACAGGGUGAAUGCUGUGGUAUAUACGGUGCAAACUGUCCGGAAUGGAUCAUCAGCAUGGAGGCUUGCAAUGCGCUCGGGGUUUGCUGCGUACCGCUCUACGACUCACUUGGUGCCGGGGCAGUAGAGUUUAUCAUAUGCCAUGCUGAAAUCCAGAUCACGUUUGUGGAGGAAAAGAAGAUUGCAGAGCUCCUGAAAACUUGUCAUGCCACUUCGAAGUAUAUGAAAACGAUCAUAAGCUUUGGGGGUGUCACAAAUGACCAUAAAGAGGUAGCUAAAAACCAUGGUCUGUCCAUUUUCUCUUGGGAGGAAUUCCUGAUCACGGGUGGCUCUCAUCAUUUUGAUAUGCCUGAAAAGAAGAAAUCUGACAUCUGUACGAUAAUGUACACAAGCGGUACAACAGGAGACCCUAAAGGAGUUAUGAUAUCAAAUGAAAGCCUUGUUGUAAACACCGUGGGCCCUGAUUCUGUAAUGCAGUAUGUUGGUGAAGUUUUCAAUCAAGAUGAUGUUUAUAUGUCAUAUCUUCCACUAGCUCAUGUCUUUGAUAGAAUGUUUGAGGAAGUGUUCAUUUACCACGGAUCAAGAAUUGGAUUUUGGCGUGGGGAUGUCAAGCUAUUGGUUGAUGACAUUGCAGCACUAAAACCAACAGUAUUCUGUGCUGUUCCACGUGUACUUGACAGGAUAUAUUCAGGUCUUACAGCCAAGAUUUCGUCUGGUGGUAUACUGAAGAAAACUUUAUUCAACAUUGCUUACAAGAUGAAACUGGAGAGCAUGAGGAAAGGAAUUAAACAUGAGAAGGCGGCUCCAUUAUUUGACAAAUUAGUUUUCAGCAAGGUGAAAGAAAGGCUCGGUGGAAAAUUAAGAGUUAUCGUGUCUGGCGGUGCUCCUCUAGCUGUACCAGUGGAAGAAUUUUUUAGGGUUGUGACAUGUUCGUAUGUUGUUCAAGGCUAUGGACUGACGGAAACUUGUGCGGGAUCUAUAGUAUCAAUACCAAAUGAAUUCUCCAUGCUUGGGACUGUUGGUCCGCCUCUUCAACAUAUAGAUGUACGCCUUGAGUCAAUUCCAGAGAUGGGUUAUGAUGCUUUGUCUAGCACUCCACGUGGAGAGAUAUGCAUUAGGGGAAAGGUUCUGUUCUCUGGAUACUACAAAAGAGAGGACCUUACACAGGAAGUCAUGAUUGACGGAUGGUUUCACACAGGAGAUGUUGGUGAGUGGCAACCAGAUGGAUCCUUGAAAGUCAUUGAUAGAAAGAAGAAUAUAUUCAAGCUUUCGCAGGGAGAAUAUGUUGCAGUGGAAAAUCUAGAGAAUGUGUAUGGUGUUCUUCAAGAGAUAGAUUCGAUAUGGGUAUAUGGGAAUAGUUUUGAAUCUUCUCUCGUUGCUGUCGUUAAUCCCAACCAACAAGCGCUUGAGCGGUGGGCUGAACAAAAUGGUAUUACUGGAAGUUUUGCUGAGCUAUGCGAAAAUUCAAGGGCGAAAGAACAUAUUCUUGCAGAACUCGCAAAGAUUGCGAAGGAAAAGAAGCUGAAAGGCUUUGAGUUCAUAAAAGCUAUCCAUCUUGACCCGUUACCAUUUGAUAUCGAGCGUAACCUUAUCACCCCAACAUACAAGAAGAAACGGCCGCAAAUGCUCAAGUACUACCAGGGAGCCAUCGAUGCACUUUACAAGGGCAAGAAGUAAAACGGUGACAUUGCAGACCUGCUGAAGGUGUUCAUGUGAUCCACCGGUUUGUCUUCGUGUUAUUUCAGUAGUCAAUACCUGGUAUCUCAUUGUGGUUUGUAUGGAUGGAAUCACAUUCAUGUGUUGUGUGGCUCUCAGUGAUAUAAGACUAUAUUUCAUAUGAUUGAAAUGACUGCAGUUGAAUGGAGGAAAUGACUUGUUUCUUGGAUUA